GCAGUCACUUGCUCUCUGCCCGUCCUGUAACUCAGCCGCGGCGCGUUCUUCCUCACCGGCCGGUGAGAUCAACAGAUCACUCUUACACAACUUCCAAUUCCUCCACAGGUUGUGAGGGACAUGAGCCAUGCUUCUUAUCUCACAGUUUGCAAGGCUUUGAAUUUUGGAGCGAGACCGCUGCGAAGAUCAUCAUAUUUUCCUUUCAACUUUCCCCAAAAGGCUUUUUUUAGGCGGAUUCAGAUGGCAGAUAGUAGUCAUGAUUGUAGCCUAAGAAGUAGCAAGGAGGAUUCAAGAGGUGCGUUGGUUGUUUUGGAAGGCUUGGAUCGUUGCGGGAAGACAACACAGUCUAGUAGACUAGUUAAACACUUGGAGAGUUUAGGGUAUUCAGCUGAAUUAUGGAGGUAUCCUGACAGGACUACAAGUGUUGGGCAAAUGAUUUCUUCUUAUCUUUCAAACAAAUCGCAACUGGAUGAUCGUACUAUCCAUCUUCUUUUUAGUGCCAACCGGUGGGAGAAGAGAUCAUUGAUGGAAAGUAAAUUGAAAAGUGGAACCACUCUUGUCAUUGACCGGUAUUCUUAUUCUGGGGUGGCAUUCUCAUCUGCCAAAGGACUGGACAUUGAAUGGUGUAAGGCUCCUGAGAUUGGGUUGUUGGCCCCAGAUGUUGUUCUGUACCUUGACAUACCACCUGAGAAAGCUGCGGAAAGAGGGGGAUAUGGAGGUGAGAGAUAUGAGCAGCUUGAAUUUCAGAAGAAAGUUGGCCAAAGAUACAAGGACCUCCACAGUGCCAAUUGGAAGAUCAUAGAUGCGUGUUCAACCAUGGAGGAUGUUGAGAAACAGUUGCGAGAGAUAGUAUUGGGUUAUGUAAAGACAUGCCAGGAAGGAAAACCCCUCUCAUGUCUCUGGUCUUGCUAGAAUUCUUUUUAUUGCUCUUUUCUAAUCAAUAUUUUCAUCUCUGGCUAUUUAAAGAGACUAGUGGUCUUCAAUUUACAAUUUUUUAUUUUCAUUUUUGGUUCUCUUGAUGGUUUAUGUAUCGUCUGCUUGACAAUAAUGAAUGAACAUGAUAACAUUAUGUAACUUGGCAACUCUGCAAUACGCUGUCAUAUGAUUUCACACGUAUUUGGC